UCGCCAGGCAGCCCUCCGAAUGAGCGCAGAAAGCGAAGGAUCGUAGCGCAGGUGCCCACCAGCACACAGCCUCGGAGCCCUUGCCUGUCAUUUGCCAUUGAACAUCUUCUCUCUUCUCUCCUCCCUCCCCUAUUUCAUCUCCUCUCUUUCUUUCUCUCUCUUUCCACUACUACCCUUCUCUCCUGAAGACAUUCAAGCCUCUGGAAGGAGGCGUUGAGAAACCUCCCUCCUAGUAGCAGGAGCAAGAGGAGGUGGCAGCGUCGGGGCUUAGAUCUCGAGACCAGCCAAGCUUCUUGGAUGAUCGCCUUUCGGAGCCGGGAGGAUUAUACAGGGCAGGAACUAAAGGGGUUCUGCGACACCCGAAGAUAAAAGGAGAAGAAGAAGUUUUCCCACCCGGAGAGCGGCCACGCGUGGUUUAAACCCUUGGAUUUCUUGGGAAGGCAAGACACAGGGGAGCUUCCGCGGGACCAUGGCAUCGACAGAAGGUGCCAACAACAUGCCAAAGCAGGUAGAAGUGCGAAUGCAUGAAAGCCACCUGAGUCCAGUGGAGGUUCGGAAGAAGAACCUAUGUGUGCGGUUCUGCCUUUCGCUCAGAAAAAAUCUGCUCCUUUCACUUACUGUAUUCGGUGUCAUCAUGGGCGCAGUAUGUGGGGCACUUCUUCGCAUGGCAACACCUAUUAAUCCUGAUGUCGUCAUGUUGAUAGCCUUUCCAGGAGACAUCCUGAUGCGGAUGCUAAAAAUGUUGAUUCUUCCUUUAAUUAUCUCAAGCUUAAUCACAGGUCUGUCUGGCUUGGAUGCUAAGGCUAGCGGUCGAUUAGGUACAAGAGCUAUGGUUUACUAUAUGUCCACGACAAUCAUUGCUGCUAUAUUGGGAGUUAUUCUGGUCUUAGCCAUUCACCCAGGCAAUCCAAAGCUCAAGAAACAGCUGGGAGAAGGAAAGAAGAAUGACGAAGUGUCCAGCCUUGAUGCUUUCUUGGAUCUUAUCCGAAACUUGUUCCCCGAAAACCUCGUACAAGCAUGCUUUCAACAGAUUCAAACGGUCACCAAGAAAGUGCUUGUCCCUCAAGAGAUCGAUGAACCAGCCAAUGCAACAGAUUCCAUCUUUGACAUGUUGAAUGAAACAGAGGUGACGCCAGAACCUCAGCUAGUCAUUAAGAAAGGCCUCGAAUUUAAGGAUGGCAUGAAUGUCUUAGGACUCAUUGGGUUCUUCAUUGCUUUUGGUAUUACAAUGGGCAAGAUGGGAGAACAAGCCAAGAUGAUGGUGGAUUUCUUCAAUAUCUUGAACGAAAUUGUAAUGAAGCUGGUAACCAUGAUUAUGUGGUACUCGCCACUGGGCAUUGCCUGCCUCAUCUGUGGAAAAAUCAUUGCAAUCAAGGACCUGGAGGUAGUUGCUAGGCAACUUGGAAUGUACAUGGUAACUGUGAUCAUAGGCCUUAUCAUCCAUGGAGGGAUCUUCUUGCCUUUGCUGUACUUCGUGGUAACAAGGAAAAACCCCUUCACCUUCUUUGUGGGCAUCUUUCAGGCAUGGAUUACUGCGCUAGGCACUGCUUCGAGUGCUGGUACACUGCCUGUUACCUUUCGCUGCCUUGAAGAAAACUUGGGCAUUGAUAAGCGUGUGACAAGGUUUGUCUUGCCUGUCGGGGCCACUAUUAACAUGGAUGGCACUGCCCUAUAUGAAGCUGUGGCAGCUAUCUUCAUAGCACAGAUGAAUGGAAUUGUGCUGGAUGGCGGACAGAUAGUCACUGUCAGUCUGACAGCUACGCUUGCGAGUGUUGGAGCAGCAAGUAUACCCAGUGCAGGAUUGGUGACCAUGCUUCUCAUCCUCACCGCAGUGGGCCUUCCCACACAGGACAUCAGCUUACUUGUUGCUGUAGAUUGGCUUUUAGAUCGAAUGAGAACAUCUGUCAAUGUUGUGGGAGAUUCCUUUGGAGCUGGCAUUGUCUAUCACCUCUCCAAGGCAGAGUUGGAAAACAUUGAUGCCCAUCACAAAGGGCACGAAGAUAUUGAAAUGACCAAGACACAGUCCAUUUAUGAUGACAUGAAAAACCACAGGGAAAACAACUCAAACCAGUGUGUUUAUACAGCCCACAACUCUGUCAUAAUAGAUGAGUGCAAGAUUGAGAAACAUUGAAAGGGCAGAACUGAUUCAGUACAAAAUAAAAAACACGUCACCCUGGCAACAAACGGCAAAUCUGCAGACUUCAAUGCUGUUGAAGAAGAACCUUGGAAACUUGAGAAAUAAGGAAGGAACAAUCCAGGUCCACCUCUAAUAAGCCCCAGAAGUUGUCUUAUGGUAAAAGCUGGUUUCAAGAUUCAAGAAGAUUUUUCACUGUCUUCAUUUAGCAUAAAAACUAUUCGCUUAUUUAAUGCUCUUAACGGAAACUUAGAAACAGUCCCAUAAAGUCAUUGCUCCUUUAGCAUCUUUGCCAAAUAAUUCAUAACCAUCUGUCUCAAUUGUGUCAUCAUUUGAAUGGAUGUGACUGAAGGACACUCUGUCAGUUCGAGAGAUGUAUUUUUGCUGGGCUUCCUCUGUUCAACUCAAGACGUAGAGAAUGUAGUUGCUGCAAAAGAGGAAAGAUCAAAAAGCCCCGAUAGCUGGUGAGACUCGGGCUAAUAAGCAUUAAGUAUAAUGUAAACGGUGCAGUAUUUUGCAAUGCCUCUUCUCCUGCUGUAGAUGUCAACCAGCACCUUGGUGCAUAUCAAAUACAGUUAGCACUGUGGACUGUAAUAUAUGAUCACUGUAAAUGUUUUACAUGUGCUUUAUUAAUAUCUGGCAUAUGAUAUUCUCGAUUCCCUAUUUUUCAUGCCAUCCUCACAUUGAUGGUCAUAUCCCAGUUCUUUUUACCAUCCAUAGCCCCAUGAAUGCCAGAUCUAUGUAGUCACCCAGGGGUUUUCAUUUUCGUCAUUUUUGCCACCCCAAUUCUGUGAACCCAAAACUUGAAGGAAUAGGAAAAGUGAUUUGCAGUUUAUAGUGGGGUGUGUGUGUGUGUUAAUGCCUGUGUGCACUGUUCCCCAAAAUGAAUUAACCCCUGGGCAGCAUGUAUACCUGGCUUGACCAUGAUUUUUUUCUCCAAUUGAGUUCAAUGGACUGUAUUGCCAGUAUAUAAAUUUAGGUGUGAAAUAUGUAGUUUUCAGAGCUAAUAAACCAUCCCAGAUUGUAUGCUAUUCACGCUACCAACUAGCACAAUUCUGAUUAUCCAUACAAGGAGAAACAUAAACUGCAAUACGUGUUUGUCUCAAUCCAGCAACGUCAAAGUACCGUAUAGAUGCAUAUUACUGAUAUUUCAGCAGGAAAAUCUGGAGCAAGUAAUAUCUUGUCACCCUUUUGCUGAGAUCUGGAAUGGAAUAAGGCGCUAUUCUUUAGGGAUAAAAUGUCUGCAAAUAAAUCACAUAUUUUGCAUUCAUUUUGCUAAAAAGAAACUUGGCAAGUUUAAUAUUGUUUAACAGCUGGAAGCUACCUAUUUAUACACUGGCAAAAAUGUUUUAUAUGUUUGGUCCUUGUGAACAGAGAAUUUAAACGUAAGAUAAUAAUCUUGUCAAUUAUAUCUUGGUUUGUACAAAUGGGUUUGGGUAAAGAAUAUCCAUUCAGAAUUGUAACAGAAUUAUAUUUAGUAAUUGUUGUGAUGCCCAAACUGCAAUAAUUCCUUGACAACCCAUCAUAAAAGGACACGCUGCCACAGCAAAUAUCUGCAAGUUGGAGCAGGAAAGAUUUAAUCUCUUGUUGAUAGAUCAUAGAAUUGCAGAGUUGGAAGGGUCAGUGAGUGUCAUUUAGUCCAACCAUCUAAAUGCAGGAAUCUUUUGCCCAACAUGGUGCUAUAGCCAAAAAUACUGAGAUAAAGUGUCUCAUGCUCUACUAACUGAGCCACUCUGAACAUGUUUGCCUUCCUGCAGACUUAUACAGAGUAUUAUCCUUUGCCAAACAGGCAUGAAGGAUUUCCCAUAGGUUUCAAAAGAAUCAUGUCUCUCCCUUUUGCUCUCUCUGCAUACAUGAACAUAACUUCGCAGGCUGGGUCAUAGGAGGACUGGCUUUGUCUCCCAUUAAACCAGCCUGUGCACCCAUUCUUCUUGAUCACCUCGAAUUCUGGAGGUCAUAUAAUUUAACUAAGCGACCAGAGAUGGGGUGGGGGAGGCUGUAUGGGAGAGCUGUGCUCAUAUCUUUCAUUUCCCGACUAAUUUGACACACUGAAGGGAGAGAGGAGAAACAGCUCUGCUGAUUCCUUGACAUAAAGACAGUGUGCUCUUGUAGGGAUGGAUUUUUAUAUUCUGAUAUUGUGCUUUUCAUGGAAUACAUACCUUUUGUAGAAUUGAAAACCCUACCCCAUCUUUUGUGCACAUGCUCAUGUUAACUUCAAUGAGGUACCAUGGGGAUUGCUUGCGGUACAUAUGUAUUUCUAUUCUUACCUACAUCACUUUAUACUUGGCGGCUAUUCAGUGCACAAUUAGAAGGAGCAAACAAGGUAUUGAGCCAGCAAUGUGAUUUCCAGGCCCCUGUCUGCGGUAAUGGUUUCAGCAACACUAUUAAAAAAAAAUACCCCAUUGCUUUUAUUUUAUUUUAUAAACUAGGAAGACAUUCUCAAAUUGAAACGGGGAUAAAUUUCGUGUGUGUGCAGAGUUAAGAAUCUUUGAACGGAUAUCAACAGAAAGAACACCUUUUACAAAACCGGCAAGGGGGAAUUUUUUUUUUGUAUGUUUUAUAACUCAGGGAAUUUCAAUCUUACGAUACUCCUUUCCCAACAAUAUAAAACAGGGAGAGGGAAGCAACUAUUAUAUUGGAGGCCUGCAUAUUUUAUCUUCUAGAUAAAUGCUAUUACAUAAUUCUCUUGUGCUAACUGGUCAGCUGACUGACUGUCCACAAGUAUUUCUAUUUAAUUAUGAAAUCUAAAUAUCCUUAGCUGCCAUUUCAUAGUUUGCUUAGCCAAUAUGAAUCUAGGUUGUUGAACCAGGGGUGGGGGGGGGGACAAAAUAAAAAUGAACCCAGUAAGUGGCCACAACACUAACGCACAUUCCCUUUUAAAUGGACACUUCUUUUAACUUGCAAAUCUCAUUCCUUAUAUUUUCAAUAUGACUUUGCACACUAUGCUUUUUCCUACUAGCCUGAGGCAUGCCAUCUUUCCAUGCUAUGCCCUAUUCCUCUCUCAUUAGGUUGCAGCAUCUACCAAGGGGCACGUAAAAUCAACCGUAAUCAUCUCUGCAACCUAGUCUCCCAUCUCCAACUGUCCCUGCUGCCCAGAAUUGUGAUAGCAAUCUAGACAGAAUCAGUGACAGGAAACAAUUAAAAGUAUCAUUUGCAGGAAGCACCAACACUUCAAGCUCUUUCCAGCAAGAGCAUGUGUAGUAAGAGCAUGUGUGUGUUUUAGUGCUUUCCCUGCUUAGGUUCAAAACCUUUCCUUUUUGUUUGUCACUCCUGGGCAGCUGAAUGCUUAAGUAAGUAGCAGGCGAGAAACAGUUUCCACUUCAUUUGCUUCUCUUGACUAAUUUUGCACCAGCACUUUGGAUAAAAUGAUUUCUUUGCUCAGGUCUGGCUUGCUAGUCUGCAUAAUUAAGAGGACCUUGCUUUUACCUCUUUGUAGAUUCUUUAUAAAAGCGAUCUAAGAUUUCAAAAUGCUGAUAAUCUGCCUCACAGAUUAUCAAGGGAAAUGAAGGAUGUUGAGCACUUUGCAGUGAACAGUCUCUUUUCUAGCAUCCCAUUCACUUGAAAAAGGUGCCCAGGUAUUUUGUACUGAUCUUGGGUGGCUUGGCUUUGUCCUUUGGCAAGUACAAUUUAAGGACUUCAGAAAAUAAUUAAUGGCAUAAGGUGACACCCAGCAUGAGUCAUACUCAGAGCAGACCUGUUGAAAUUGAGUACAUUGAUUUGCCUGGGUCUGCUCGGACUAUAACUAAUGGGUGGGUACACAGGUGUACUUAGGCUCCCUUGCACCCUUGGCAAGGGGACACGUUCUCCCUUAUCUUGCACCCUUGCAAGAGAAUCCUGCAGGCCUCACCUGGUCUCCCUGAGCAGGGAAGAAGCAGCCUGGGGAUUGUGUGGAUAGGCAGGUGGGCUCCUACUUAACCUGACCAACCCCUAGAUACUCCCCUAGGUGGGUAUCUUCCUUAGAUUUCAAGGAGAGCAGGCUGAGGUUUGGUCUUUGCUGGUGGCAAUUCCGUUGAUGUUCUGCUUUCAGUGGAUUUUCAUAGAACGUAAUCAGUAAUUCAUACUUGUAUAAGUAAAUCUGUUGAGUGUGGGGAAGGAUCCAAACUCUUGUGCCCUAUUCCUAUUUACUUUAACCCUCCUCUACACAAGAAACUGGAGUUCUCCUCUUCCCAUAGCUCCUUGGCUCUCCUCCCCUCUUGUUUGUAUCUCCUCUAAUAUUUUCUUCUACCAAAUGUCUCACCUGUACUUCUCUAGAGUUUCUCACAACAAAACAAACAAACAAAGCCCCCCUCUCUUCCUGCCCAGACAUGACCCUGGGCCUGGAGCUCCUUCUAUCGUUCUCUUGCUCAUCAUUGUGAUAUCUGUUAUCUUACAGCUACUAACAUUUUUUCAAGCAGUCACUCCAGCCAUGUAACUCCAUCUCUAAUGCGAGAGAACUUUAUGAUGCCUGAAAAUCAGUGGGCUGGGCAGAGGUUCAUUGAGAUACAUGGGAUAGGUAGGGAAGAAGGAGCUGGUCCUCCAUAGGUAAUGGAGGUAUGAAGCAAUGAAACGGAAUGAUGAUAGUCCUCCAGUGUUACUGGUCAACAUUUGUCACAAUUAAUUGUAUUGUUUUCUUAGUUCUUGGUUCUUAGCCAGACCAAGAUUUGUGUUGCUGCAAGUUUGCCUACUUUGACUGAAUAGCAUCACACACUUGCUUGGAUGUUGGGUUAUAACACAAAUCAACCUACCUACAUUUCAGCUAACUGAAAGAAGCCUCUAAGCCACCCAACACUCUCUCAGUUGUCUUGGAACAGCCUUAACCAGUGGAUAAAGAGAAUUUAUUAUCCAACCCAAUCUUUAUUAGGUUUAUUACGGUAUUUCUUAAAAGGCAAAAGGCAAAUAUGUGCACAUAGGACCUCUACGUAUUCAGGGAUCCCCAAUUCCAUUAACUGGAAGGAUCUGAUUUAUUCCUUCAAAGCUGAUCUAUUGCUGGAACAAGAAGAUUAUUUGAAAUUAAGUUCCUUUUCAAUCAGUGGCACACAUCCCUCAACUGUUGUCUUUAGAACCAGGGUUCGUGCACAUUUAUUCAAGACAUGGACACAAUUUAAUACUGUGAGUCUUUCACAUUAACAGUAUUUUGUACAUAACACGUAAUGCUUCACAGGGAUUUUUUCAUUGAUUUUCUACAGCUUUGAAAGCUUAUUUGCAAAGCUUGAUUACCAGUUGAUAUUUUUCAGUCAGUGCUGUAGAUUCCAACAUUCCAUUUUUUAACUUCUUCCAAGCUGCUUCUUCAAGCUUCCUUUUGAAUACUGCAACAAAAAAAUCCCCUUCCUUCCUGUCCUUCCUAGUGUGAACUGUAAUUUAUGGAAUGCAUGAGGAAAAUAAUGUAUUUCUACUUCUAAAUACAUCUUCAGUUCUAAUGUAGGCAUUUAUUCAUACCUUUUGUCCAGCAGCCACAAACUACAGCGUAGACUGAAUUAACAAAUUUAGUAUCUGUAAUUUGCAGACAUACUGAUAUUUUCUUACACUGUUUACAGACAUACCAAUAUUUUGUUAUACAACCUUAUAAGACAGAGAGAGAAAGCUACAAUAUUUACAGGGAAUCCAUAUUAAAGGGGAAAUGGAAAAUAUUCUUAUAAUAUAUAUAGAUUAAUUAAAAAAAUCUACGUUAUAUUAAAUUAACGUAACCCUGUAAACUUUAUUUAUAACCUCUAAGCAAAGCACAAAUAGGAAAUGAAGGUGUCUUUAAAUGCUGCAGUUCAUUAUGGAACACUAUGUUGUUAUAAUAAUCUUAAGAUUGAUCAGAUGAACAAAUGAUCUGUUAUUUUUGAUACUUACAGUGUAAUCCUAUGCAUGUUUACUCGGACAAAAGACCCACUGUGUUAAACAGUGCUUAAUCCCUAGUAAGUGUGUUUAGAAUCACAGCCUUAACCUGGUGUCCUUACCAGGAGAAUUAGGAAGGGUCUCCACCCUGCAAUAUACAAAGAGUCUGAUCCAGAAUAAUUUAUUCACCAGUAUAUUUUGUCCCCCAACCCUUGUCCUUACUGCAUUUUCCUAUAGUCACCAAUGUUUCCAAUGGAAUUGAUUACAAAGUCUAUGUACUUUAGGAUUGCAGUUUCUGAAGAAGGCCCUGAUCCAGCUGUAGUCAUGGGCCAUCAGGCAUAAGAACUGGUGUCCCGUAAUUUGCAUCAAGUGAUGCAUCCAGCUAGUUCAAAGUGGCUUGGGUGAUAAUCAUAACGUGGAAGGAGAUGAGCAUCUGUAUUUAUGUAUGUGCACAGACGUUGUUUGCUGGCUUGGCCAGAAGCCUUCAGAGACCAGGCCUGCAGUUCCUCCACAGUCUUUUCUAGACUGGCUAAAGUAACUGGCUUUGCCAGUUCACUUCAAAGCCAGAUCACAAGUUUUGCUGCUCGGCAAAUACUGUACAAGAAAGGAGGCGGCAGCAAAGCCAAUAGGGUGUCAUCAUUAUUUAAUGAAUAACAGCACAAACUUAGCCAUGUGUACUCAGAAGUGAGUCCUGUUGAAUUCAAGGGGGUUUAUUUCCAGGUAUGUGGGUUCUUAGGCAGGGGGAAGGGAACAGAAGACAGGCAAAUGGCCACAUUCAAUGACCUGCUGAGCUCUUGCUUGUGUGGUCAGAAGUGAGGUUGGAAUGGAUCUUUUGUUUUUCCCCGUCUUCUUCCUGGCCAAGAAUUUAUUUUAGGCUAGGACCACAAAGGUUUCCACAGGGAGAGUAUCAAUGAAGUUGGAUCUUCCUCUGGAGGACAAAGCUUUGCCCUUAUCGUGCGAAAUUGAAUCGGUUUUAUGGCCCUGGAACACUUCGGUGACCAUAAGGCUGUGACCAUUUGUCAUGCAAAAUGAAUGAUAUUUGUACAAGUUCAGACGAUGUAAGGAACUGCAGAACUGUGUUUCAUGUCUUUGCCUUUGUACAACAGGACCAAACAACAUUUUUUAUGGGACCAUGUCAAUUGACUUGCACAUAUAGAAAUACCUCCUGAUUUUUAAGACAUUUAUAAGAAAGCAAGCGGUAUAUUUUUCACCAGGAUGAAUGAGAUCAGUUUUUCUUUUAUUUCCUUAUAAAGUAUCUCUAGUCCUAUGGCCUUGCUAUUACCCAAGCACAUUGAAUGAGCAAAUAAGAGUUAUUAAAACCUGAGGAACAGCUUAAAUAAAAUGUAGAUGUUGUCUCUUGGCACACCAACUGCACAGCACACAUAGCAGAGGAUAUGUACUGAAACCAUCAACAAUCCAUGAAACAGGUAUAUUUAACUAGAGAAACCUGUUGUACAUGCCUUGCGUUUGGGUGAGCAAACUGUACAGUAGAUCUAGAAUGUUGUGUCAAUGUAAACUUAUUUUGUAAUCCUCUUCUAUUUUAAAAGCAGAGUUUUCAAAUACUCUCGUAAUUAGAGCCCAAUGUGUUCUAGUGGUAAGAUAAAAGUACUAAUAAUGGCUGUCAAAGCAUGACACUCUUAUGAAUACCAGUCUUGGUGCGUUGUUUUCCGCAUGAAGAACAGUGCCUCUCCGCACUUUGUGUAGAUAAUGUAGCUUAUCUUCGUGUAAUUUCGGUGAAAUUGUGUAUACAGUAUUAAUAGUUGCCGUUUGGUUUUUAAUUUAACAUCAGUUAUGCUGGAGUAGAAACUUUAUAAUAUGUUCCGAAAAGAAUUUGUGUUGGGUUGGCUGCUUGUUGGUAUUUCCAUCCCCAGGUAUUUAUCAGAAUAAUCUCCAUAGGCAGAUAACUGGUUUUAUAUGUUGAUAAUAUAAACAUGUUGGUGCAUGUCAAAGUUUGAAUAAUUGUUGGAACCUUUUAUUGCAGCCGAUUCAUUGUACAUGUUAGUCUUUGUUUUUAUAUACCUAACCAGCAGCAUGCAUGUGAGUGUGUGUAUGUUUGUAAAUCCCUGGCACUUAGUGAAUGUGACUGGCCGUCUCAUUUUGCUGCACUGUGAAUGCAAUAUCACUGCUACAUUAAAGAAUUAAUGUAGGCAUAUUAUUCCGAGUUUAUAAUAUUAAUAUAUUUUCGUCUGUAUACCUGAUAUGUUGGAAAUGUAGAGACACAUUUAUUAGUAAGUCACUGCAUCAGUUAGCUCAUUGGUCAGAAGUGAAAACAAACCUUGCUGUACUCUUUACUUUAGAUGCCAUGCUUAUCGUUUGCAAUUGCAAUGUCUGUUUCUGCUUUGCAACAUGGACUCCUUCUGCUGUCAUCCAACAUUUCAAGAUUCCUCUGAUGUUCAUUUGCUUUCACUUAUUCACUGACAACAGUAGCCAUUGAAGAAUCUGCAUAACCUGAGCCUGUCAGUUUGCUUUAAAUCAGGCAUCCCCAAACUGCGGCCCUCCAGAUGUUUUGGCCUACAAUUCCCAUGAUCCCUAGCUAACAGGACCAGUGGUUGGGGAAGAUGGGAAUUGUAGUCCAAAACAUCUGGAGGGCUGAAGUUUGGGGGUGCCUGCUUUAAAUCAAGGCAUAGGCAUGCCUGUUAACUAUACACACUGGCCUGUUUACUCAGAAUAGACCCACUGAAAUUAAUGGACCCCAAGUUGGCCAAAUCCAUUAAUUUCAUUGGGUCUACUCUGAGUAUAUCUAACACUGAGUAUAUCAUUAUCAUUCUUAUGAUUUGUUUUACACCAGCUAGCCAGAAGCACAGAGGCAAAUACUGCUUCCAUUUUUCAAAAAUAAGCAUAUGAAAAAUUAUAACCACAAAUCCCAUUCAUGUGAGAUUUGGAAACACACAAACAACUGUGUUUUUGAGGUGUGCUUUACCUGUUGUGUUAUGUGCACUUGUAUCUCAGAAUUUCCAUGCACCAGUAAUCAUACUUUUUAUAUACAGUGGUACCUCGCAAGACGAAAUUAAUUCGUUCCACGAGUCGCUUCGUAUAGGAAACUUCGUCUUGCGAGUUUUUUUGUUGCAUGAGGCAUUCGUCUUGCGGGGUACCACUAUAUUAUGAAUUUGAAUGCCUCUGAUAAUAUAUAAAAGCAGCUCUCUGAAAAAGAGCUACUAGUGGAAGCUGGCAGGAUUCACUGUUGCUUUCACUCAAUAAAUGUAGCACCUUUACUGUGGCAUAUUCCAUGGGAUAAAGUAUCUCAUACAGAAUCUAGUUGUCAUCUGCCUUAAAAGUACUCUAUAACUAUUCCUUUUUUUCAAUUCCGGCUUUCCUAUUGUGAAUUGCCUUUAGCAAUCACUGAAGUGGCGGGUCACUCUGAGCCUGAGGACCGCAAGUGUGUGAGACGACGAAAGGGGGAAAGCCACAAAAUCUCAAAAUCUGUGCACGUGUAUUCUUUUUCAUAUGCAACUAUGGGCGAAAUCCUAUACACAUUCAUGUGGGAGUAAGUUACAUCAAACUCAAUGGAACUUACUUCCAAGUAGGUAUGUAUAGGACUGGGCUGUUUAGGGAAAUUGCACUCAGGGCCUUUGAGAUCAUGGCCAUUGUGUAUAUGAUUCCUAGGCUGCAUCAUUACAUACAUACUCAAUUUGCAGUUCUUCCCUGGAAAUGUGAUGUGAUCCAUUUAGAAUACAUCCAAAAGAAACCAUAAGCCUGGUCUUUGACAUUGAUUGGAAAUGUUUAUCUGGGAGUCGAAAUGAUGUACUUGUACAGUUCCUCUACCACAUCUUGUAUAAAGAUUAAUGAAUGCAGAUGUGAAAACUUUCUAUUAACUCUGGUUACUUUCUUGUAUACUGUAAUGGGAAUGCCUCAUUUACUGAGAAUAUUUUUUUGUAGUUUAUAGUUCUAAUUCUCCUAAUCUUUAUCUAUACCUCCUUUAGUAACUACAGUAUUUGCUUUUAAUACUUUCUUACUGUGUGAACUGAUUUCUGUAACUUAUGUAUAAAACAAAACUGGACAUUCUUUAUAUACUGGAAAUAAUCAGAAAAGACAAUAUUUCAUUAAGUGUUGUACUUUUUAUGUACAUAUCAUCAAUAAAUGUGGAUUCAUAAUUUUAA